AUGAAAAUGGUCUGGGCUCUGCCCAUCGCCAUUGCCGUUCUUUCCCCACAUGCGUAUGCUACCGAGUCUCUGACUGACUUGGAACUUCCUACGUGUGCCUCGCGUUGCCUUGACGAUGCUCUCAACCUAUCUUCAUGCGCAGACGAGGAUGACUCGUGUCUUUGCAAUAGCAAGGCAUUCGACCGACAAUUCGACGCAUGCCUGGAUGCCAACUGUUUGGCGCGAGAUUACUUCGCCGCAAAGAAUCUGACCGAUACUGCAUGUGGAUUCGAGGUUAGAGACAAGAGAUCCGUUGUCAUCUGGGUUGCUGGUGUCGGUGCAGCAUUGGCUUAUGCAGCUAUUGCAAUACGGCUCUACACUCGAUACUUUAUCAACCUGGGCGGGCUCAACUGGGACGAUUGGUCCACCGUUGUCACCGCGGCAUUCUUGGCCCCUUUGACAGCCGGUGCUAUUCUUCUUGCCAAGAACGGCCUCGGAAAAGAUACAUGGACUUUGCCUCUCAAAAGCAUCACGGAGACGCUCUGGAUCUUCUACGUCCAGGAACACCUCUACAUCAUUUGCACCGUCCUCGUGAAACUCUCCCUCCUUCUAUUUUACCUACGCAUCUUUCCUGAUGCUACUUUCCGCAAGAUCGUAUGGGCGACACUCGUCUUCGCCCUCUGCUUCGGUUUCAGCGCACUUUUCGCUUUCGCAUUCCAAUGCACUCCCGUCAAACACGCAUGGCAUGUUUGGGACGAGGAGCAUCCGGGAUCAUGCGUAAAUAUCAACGCGCUUGUAUUGACGGCCGCGGCGCUGAACACGUGUGCUGACUUCUGGAUCAUCGUGCUUCCCAUUCCGGGCGUCGUGAAGUUACAGUCGUCCCUCCGCAUGAAGUUACAGGUUAUCCCCAUGUUUUGCACGGGCUUUUUCAUUACUGGUGUCAGCAUUUACCGUGCGGUGAUGCUUACGGAAUUUGCCAAAACGAGAAACCCCACAUGGGACUACUGCGACGGUGGCUACUGGUCGAUCAUUGAGGUGGACGUCGGCAUCAUCUGCACAUGCAUGCCCGCCAUCCGUAAGCUCCUCGGCCAGGUUAUCCCAAAAGUGUUUGGGUCCACUCACAAAGCCACCGCGGAGGACCCCUCGAAGACUGCCGGCCACAGCUCACGAACGGCGAGGGACUUGCGAUCUUUUAAGGGGUCAGGGGCGUCGGAAGGGGAGAGUUUCGUCCAGCUGAUUGAUAUCGAAUCGAGGUCAGCCGUGAGCCACCACGAGCCAGAUGGUGACGUUGGACAUAGUUGA